AUGGCAAGUCGUGCAGCUUACAACCGUCAGCUACCUAUCGAGUCUGAGCGUAUCGGUCGCCCCAGGCUAGACAAGUCUCAAAAACUUCUUAGCCGAUUUUACGAACCUUUAUUCCUCUUAAGGGUCCUCGGGCAGACCUAUGGGAACCACACAACUGCUCCCCGUGACCUAAAUCCGGAACGGGCGCGCCGACGGAAGUUUCUGCGGAAUCUCUCAUACAUCUGUGACUAUCGAAAAGGGGGAGAAUCUUGCACUGCAAUUGGGCUCGAAGACUCUGAUACGUGCUACAACUUUUGGGUCGCUUCGAACGCACACAACGGCGCAAUUGUUGACUUUCUCAAAAGCGCCCUGGGCAGCUUGCGGGUCAUCGCCAAUCAACCCCCAUCGCUAGAGUUAGAUUCGUCGCAAUCGACAGAUUUUGUGAAAUUCUGCAUUGGAUUUGCGGCCAGCCGCGUCAGACAAGAGACUCAAUUGUUGUUUCGAGAAGCAAAAGAGUGCUGUCGCAGGUUGGAGGCUUUGAAUACAGAUCCAGCCCGGCGACUGGUAACCUGGCUGGGUUCAAUCUUGGGCUAUGAGGACGAUUUCGAACUGUGCCAGUUUGCCUACGCUAACCGGCAAUCCGAAUAUAUGGAUCGCUUGAUGGCGCAAGUUCUCGAGGAAGAGCGAAGGGUAGGCCCCCAGGGCAGACGAUCUUCUUUUGCUUCGGUGAGACAUUAUGUCGGACGGCUGGCUCACCAUAUCCGGGCACCUCUGGAGCUUGUCGAAGAUGCGAGACAUCUGGGCCCGCUACUUGAGACGUACAACGUCCGCCCCAUCGAGCCCAUCCCUUGUGUGCCUCCACCGAGACCUGACUCACACACCACCCUAUCCGGUAUUCUCAACCGGAUGCUGAAGGAAAAUGACCCUGAGAGGCCUGAAAUUAAAAGAAUUCUGCUCAGCAUCAACUCCCAAUCCGACAUAUUUGAAAAUUUUAUGACGCAGUAUCAGCGUUGCAAACCAACCGUCCACGCGGAAGUGCAGGUUCUUGAACAUUUUUACAAAAUGGAGCUAUCCUUUGUGGGAAACGAUCGUUACAUCGCAUGUAGUAAACCGGCUUGCUUGUGUUGUGAGCUGUACUUCAGAUACCAUCCGGCUCGAAUGGUCGUGCCCGAGUCUCAUCGCAAGGUCUGGAUUAAAUGGGGCCCUCCAUUGGUGAAAAGAUCCACAGAGGGUGACGAUACAGAAUUCAAGCGGCAGCUAGAUAUCCUAAACAAGAUCACCGAGGAGGUUCGCAGCAUUGCCAUCUCGCAAAUCCUCGGACAGUCAUCGAUGGUCCCCUGGCAUCCAGAUUCCCGGACAGCAAUUACAGAGAACUGGCCCCCUAGCUCAAGCCCAAGCGAGUUUUCAGACAAUGACACGGAACUAUCAGACAUUAGCGACGAUUCACCUUCUACGAGGCAACAGGCAACUCCAACAGACAGCCAAAUAUUUGCUGCUGAAAUACAAAAUCAACCCGGAUGUCUGGAGGAUCCUAAUGAAGACCUUAGCUUGGACGACGGAGGAGUUUCAAUCGACGUUUGCGUGGACUUGGGCGGAAUGGCUAAGUGA